AGAGAGCCUGCUGUGUGGAUGUGUGCAGACCUCUGGACUUGGUGGGAGGGGGAGAAGUUUCCCCAAAGGCAAGCUUGGAUCACUGAGAGAGACGAUGCCUUCCUUCUCUAGCUCAGUCUCACAAGCCGCUCAGUGGAUUUGCUGAUUUUCCGAAAUUAUUUUCUGCAAGUUAUUCAACGGGACAGAGGAGAGAUUUUGAGCCAGAGGAUGCUCCCACAGGUCAUUCGGAUUCUGUAUGUCUUGUCUUUCUGCGUUUUCCAAGGAGGCUUUAUCAGACUGAGCUCCUGUAAGGAGGAGAUAAAGCCCCCCGGCAGGGCAGGACCACAGCUGUCGCCUUCUGACUUCCUGGACAAGCUCAUGGGGAGAACGUCAGGAUAUGAUGCCCGCAUCAGACCCAACUUCAAAGGCCCACCUGUGAAUGUCACCUGUAAUAUUUUCAUCAACAGCUUUGGGUCCAUCACAGAAACCACAAUGGACUACAGGCUCAAUGUAUUUCUACGGCAAAAAUGGAAUGACCCUCGCCUGGCGUACAGCGAAUACCCAGAUGACUCCCUUGAUCUGGAUCCAUCCAUGCUGGACUCUAUCUGGAAACCUGAUUUAUUCUUUGCAAACGAGAAAGGAGCCAAUUUCCACGAGGUCACCACCGAUAACAAGCUGCUACGGAUCUUCCAAGAUGGUAGCGUUCUGUACAGCAUCAGGCUGACUCUUACCCUGUCCUGCCCUAUGGACUUGAAGAAUUUCCCAAUGGACAUUCAGACCUGUACCAUGCAGCUUGAAAGCUUUGGUUACACCAUGAACGAUUUGAUCUUUGAGUGGCUGUCUGACAACCCCGUUCAGGUGGCUGACGAUCUCACCCUCCCCCAGUUUGUGCUAAAAGAGGAGAAGGAUUUGGGCUACUGCACUAAGCAUUACAACACGGGUAAAUUCACAUGCAUUGAGGUGAAGUUCCACCUGGAACGUCAGAUGGGCUACUACUUGAUCCAGAUGUACAUCCCUUCCCUUCUCAUCGUCAUCCUUUCAUGGGUGUCUUUCUGGAUUAACAUGGACGCUGCACCAGCCAGAGUGGGUCUGGGCAUCACUACUGUACUGACGAUGACCACACAGAGUUCUGGUUCAAGAGCCUCACUGCCCAAGGUGUCCUAUGUGAAGGCCAUUGAUAUUUGGAUGGCGGUAUGUCUCCUGUUUGUGUUUGCUGCCCUGCUGGAAUACGCAGCAGUUAACUUUGUCUCAAGGCAACACAAGGAGUUCAUCAGGCUGAGGAAAAAGCAGCGGCAGCAAAGGAUAGAGGAGGAACUGGUGAGGGAGAGUCGUGGUUUUUACUUCCGGGGUUACGGACUGGGUCACUGCCUGCAGACCAAAGAUGGAAAUGCUGUGGAAGCAGCCACUGUGUUCGCCCCCCCACCGCCUCCUCCAGUUUCCUUGUACGACGGAGAGGUACUUCAUAAGCGUUUUGUGGACCGGGCCAAACGCAUUGACACCAUAUCCAGAGCAGUCUUUCCCUUGAGCUUCCUCAUAUUCAACAUCUUCUACUGGAUCACCUAUAAAGUGCUGCGACACGAGGACAUUCAUGCAAAUUUGUAAAAACGCUCUCUGCAAACCCUAGUUACUACAUUUUAGGUUUUUGUUUCUCAGAACCAAAACUGCCUGUCAGAUCUACAUUACAAUGAAGAAAUGUUGUCAAGAGGCAUAUCAGCUUCUUAAAACCAUUGCUAAAAACUUUGUGCUCAGGUGCGUCUUCAGGAUCUCAGACGAAGAAUGAUUAAGCAGAAAGACAAGGUUAAGCUGCAUGGAUUGAGGCUGGUGUUGUUAGUGAUUGCCCUCUAGUUUCUGUCUUGGUUUGAUUCAUCUGGAUUACAACAGAGACAAAACACUGCUGGUUCUUGUGGGUUUAUGACCUUUGUUUGAGUUGAUGAGAGUUCAGAGAAGUCGAUGUUGAUCCUGGCUGGAUGAGACAUACUGACUUGAAUUUACUACGCAUCUUUGAAUGAAUGUUUUUGAAAAUUCAAAAGAUAAUGGGUUGUUUUUGUACACCUUUAGAUUAUCAGAUAGGUACCUAUGGGUGCAGGGGGGAGGAAUGGGUCUUUGAUAUUUAUUAAUAUU